AUGUUAAAGGAGCUAUUGACUUAAAGCAAAAAGACUUCCAUAUUUCAUCAAUAACAUGAUUUAUUUUAGACUUAGCCAACUUCAAAAUCUUAUUUAUUGAAGUUCCAUAGAUUUCAUACUGUAUUUCUAGCUCAUUAAUAGCAUAGUUUUGCAUAAGUUGAACAACAUAAUCAUAGUGGAGUUUAAUUUAUGAGGGCUAAAGCUACUUCAUAAGCCUCCAAUGAAGUAUCUUAUUCAAACCCUUAGAUUGGUUACAUAAAAAGCCAGAUUGGAUUUCAUAUGUCUCCUAUUUUCUCUAAUAUUUUCCCCUUGAAGAUAUAAAUACCUAAGAUGUUUAAAAUGUUUGACCAUUUCGAAGCCAAGUUUAUCCAAACACUUUAAUUCAGACCUAUAUUUGUUAUCUCAAAAUCAGUAUAGGCAAAUAUUCUAGUAGUUUCGAGUAAUCUUUGUGGUUCAGAAUCUUUUGUUUAACCUUAAUAAACUUUCAAGUUUAUUAAUCUAUUAAUCAAAAUACAUUUCAAAAGGAAAAGAGGCAAAUAAAGAACCCUAGUGAAUAUCAUAGAUUUAUAGCCUAUUGAUAUAUCCAUUAAGUUCUUCAGAAUUCCUUAAAAUAUCUUUUCAUUUCUCCAUAGUUCAAACCUUUUAUCUCUAUGUAUCAUAUUAUCAGUACUCAAUAGAUCUAAAAAGAUUGCACUCCUCCACUUAACAAUUUAGUUCUUGUAUAAUUGAGUCAAGAAUCUAAAUUGAAUUAAUUUUUUUUGUCCAGAGUUUUGAAAUCAGUACAUAAAUUACCCUCAAUCAAUUUAAUGAAGUGACUUAGAAGCACAAUUGGUCUAAACUGACCCUUUUAUAGGGAUCUGUGGAUGCAUCUUAUUUAGAGGGAGCAACCUUAGACUAAUUAUGA